AUGCGGCCCGGCUCUGUUCGUGCAUUGAGGAUGCCCAAGAAGAAGCCGACGAAGGUCUAUCGCUAUGACGGUCAGAGCAUCUGGACGUCCUCCGACUGCGGCUACGCGAGCUACUCGGACUACGAGCUCGGCAGCUUUCUUGGCGGGGGCGCCGCGGGCGUGGUGUACGAGGCCGAGUGCUUCAAGACGAAGAGGCACCUGGCUGUGAAAGUCCUCAACCCGAUCGGCUACAAGCUUGCCCCCAGCGGUAGCCUCCGUUUCUGUGAGGUCAUCGUCAAGGGUCAGCCUUACGGCGACGUUGGGGGCGGCUUCGGGGGUAGGGGUACCCGGGGCGGGGGGAGGGGGGGGCAUGGGGGCCCCGGCGGCGGCAGCGGCGGGGGCAGCGGCAGCGGCAGCGGCGGCGGCGCGGGCAAGAUGACGGAGAAGCACGUCUGGUGGCUGUUUAACGGUUCGACGCGGCAGACGAUCGCCGCCUACUACGACGCCCGAACCGGAGUGCUCAAGGAGAUGACGCUGCCCAAGUGUAUCGAGGUGUGGGGUCUAGGGGACGACAAGGGCCGCCGAGCGGGAACUCGAGGUGGCGGACGAGACCGGGCCAGACGUGACCGUGACAAGGAUCGGUUAAAGCAGGAGGACAGGGGGGUCAGCAGGGUGUUCGUGGGCGGUGAGUGGCUGGCCAUCCCCUCGGCACCUGCCAAGUACGACAAGUUCCUGCGGGCGAGGGCGAGCAUCUUCAGGGAGAUCAGCAACAUGCUGCAGCUCACGGAGCACCCGAACAUCCUACGCCUGCACGAGGCUCUGGAGCUGGUCCAAGACAGCAAGGCUACCAUCUUCUUGGUGCUAGAGCUGGCUCGGGGGGGCGAGCUCUUCGACCGUAUCAAGGUGGACUGCGGCGCGGACGAAGGCGCCGCUCGGCACUACUUCCGGCAGCUCCUCUCCGGAGUCCGGCACUGCCACGACCGCGGCGUCUGCCACCGCGACCUCAAGCCCGAGAACCUCCUCCUCGCCGACCCCCACGACUCCUCGGUCCUCAAGAUCGCAGACUUUGGGUUCUCCGCCCUCUUCCGCGAGCUGGAGACGGAGUCGUCCUCAGGGGAUGAUUCUUCGGGGCCCCCGACCGCCACCGGCGGCGGCGGAGGCGUUCCCGGCGUGGCCGGCGGCGGCGGGCCGGCGUUGAGACGGCCGCGAUCGGGGCUGUCCCUGGGCGGGAGGGUUCUGCGGGAGGAGAGCGGCGACGGGUAUGACGGGACCAAGGCAGACGUGUGGUCCAUGGGCGUCAUCCUCUACGCGAUGCUCGCGGGCAACCUUCCCUUCGAGAAGGAGCUCCUGGCGUGCUCCCGCUUCGCCAAGUUCGGCGCGUGGGCGCGCAUGCCGUCGGCGACGGCGUCUCUGCUCGCGCACUGCUCAGGCAACCCGAAGGACGCCAUGGACAUGGACUGCUUGGACUACCCCUCGUGGUUUUUCCCGCAGCACUUCAGCUUCGCCGCCAGGUCCUUGCUCUCCGGGCUGCUUCAUCCCGAUGCUUCGUGCAGGCUGUCCGUUCGUCAGGCUCUGCGACACCCGUGGGUCUUAGAUGGGAGGCUCUACUCCGGCUCGGGCGGCAGCAGCAGUGACGGCAGUGACUUCAGCGCCGGCGGCGCGGGGGGGGGCGUCGAAGAGGACUGGCGAGCCCCCGAUCCUCAGAACAUUCCUUCGGAGCUUCUGGGUGCCGAUUCCGACACAGAGGACGAAGAAGAACACGCCAACAAUGGAUCGCGGGAGUGGAAGGAGAGCAGCGACAUUGGGCUUCACCGCCCUGGGUACACCCCGGCACUCGCGCUGCCGCCGCUGCCGCCGCCGCCGCCACCUCCGCCGCCGCCGCGGCCGGUUGUCGUUGUCGCCACGCCUCCAGAGAAGCAGAGUACCAGUAGCGUAGGGCGGAAGGGGGUAGGGGUUGGCCCUGCCAAGGAGGUGCCGGCCAAGACAAAGCGACCGUCCACGACGCCGGAGGUAUCCGUGGAGCUCCGGGGUAUCAGGGAGGAGGGGGAAGGCCCAGCGGGAUCGAGCACAAGGCUUGGUGGCAGGGGCUCCGCGAGGGAAGGUCAGGGGCACCCCGAUGCGGCGGCGGCGGCGGCGGCGGGGGGGGGAGACAGGCAGGCGUCGAAAACGACGCCCGCUCCUCGUCCGGCACCGCCACCAACUACCGCCGGCGAUGCAAACCCUGUGCCAUCGACGGAGGCUAAGGAGGACAACGCUAGCCGGGGGAUGAAGCAGCAGCCGGGGGGCGAGCAUGUAGCUAGUAGAUCAUCGGGAGAGGAGGAAAAGGGGGUAACGCCGAAGGGCGAGGGGGGAGUUGGCGGAGGAGAUGGGAAGGGGGUGGAGCUCGAGACCACCGGCGCCGGCGGCAGACAGGUGUUGUCGGCGAGGCGAGUCAGGGUCGCCACCGAGGUUGCUGUUGCUGCGGAAGCGGCUGAGGAGGGGGCGGCGAAAGAAGCCCAGCUGGCAGCGAUCACAGCGGCAACAACGACGCUGUCGGCGGCAGCGGCGGCGAGUUCGCCGCCGCUUCCGCCGCCGCCGCUCGCUCCCGUCGAGAUAACGGACCCUUUCACGACGCCGCCCCGCAAGCUGCGCUCGCCGCGGCCCCUCGACGCCUUCUCCUCUCCCCCGUUAGCCCCCGUGGGAUCAGGGAGGGCGGUGGAGGAGGAGGAAUCGGAGUUUUCUCUCGACGCCGGGCCAGCUCUCCCGCCAGAGAAGGGGCGGGCGAGGAGCAGGGAAGGGCUACCCCCGGCGGGGCCGGGCCACGCGAGGUCAAGGGGCGAGAACUCGUCCGCCUUCUCGUUGGGCGUGGUGGAGCGGCAGCUGAGCAUGGGCGUGGCCGGGAUAUCGAUCAUGGAGGCGGCGGGGCAGGCUGAGAAGAGGGACGGCGUGGUUGCGGCAGCGGCGGCGGCGGCGGCUCCACCUCCCGCUUUCCACGACCUGGUGAAGCGAUCGACAAGGUUCAUGACUUCGGUGCCCGCGGCGGUUGUCCUUCGGAAAAUCGCCACGAUUAUCAACGCGGAUGCUCACCCGCUCCCCUACCCGUACCGCAACAUCAAGCAGAAGGCGGUCGUUCACCAGGAUGACUACAAGCUUGAGAUCAUGCGGGGCGGGGUAUUGGUGUGCACGGUUCAGAUUUACCUGCUGGGCGGCGAGCAGGGGGCGGCGCAGUACAUGGUGGAAUUCCUCAGAGGCCAGUUGGACAUAUUUUUGUUCAAGCGCUUCUAUGAGGACGUUCGGUGCAAGCUGAACGACCUAGUCAAGAAGGAUUACAGCUUAGCCCUACUGGAAUCGGGCACCUGCACGCACAGGUUCAGCCGGUUUUCGAAUCUCGCCUGA